CCCCCCCCAUCCCCCUUCUGUUGUUGUUGUUGAACAUCUCUCUUGUCGAAUUGUGGGUGUGCAAUGUAGAAUAUCCCCAGCAUUAAAGGCGACGUUGUCACGUCCGGCUUUGCACAAUACUCAUUCUGCACUCGUAAUAUCGGAUGAUUCUAAAACGAUGCAUUCGCAAGCAGUUUGAGUUGUUGUCCAAGAUCUGUGCUGAAAUAACACUGUAGCAGACGACACAUUGAAGAACCCGUAGGCAGUCCCAAAGUAUUAAAGUGAUUACGCCAAUCAUCACGUUGCAAUAGGAAUUUGCAGAAGUCCUAUUGCAAGUAAUUGAUUAUUUGUAGAAGGACUUUUAUAGAUGUCAUGCAGGAAUGGAUUAAGUAAGCUACAAUGAGAAAGAAAGAUGGAUCAAGAAGAGUUAAACUUAAUAAAUGACUACAGAUACAGAAGUUAUUCUGCCACAAUCGACAAAGCUUUAAAGAACUUUGAGUCAUCCAGCGAAUGGGCAGAUCUUAUCUCCUCACUGGGAAAGCUAACCAAGGCACUCCAGAGCAACUUGAAGUACUCCCUCCUGCCAAAACGCCUGAUCAUCAGCAAAAGACUAGCACAAUGCUUGCACCCGGCACUGCCCAUCGGAGUCCACCUGAAAGCUCUGGAAACUUAUGAAGUCAUAUUUAAGAUCAUUGGAACCAAAUGGUUGGCCAAGGAUUUGUUCUUUUACAGCUCAGGCCUGUUUCCUUUGCUGGGCAAUGCUGCGAUGUCGGUGAAGCCAGUGCUUCUCGGACUUUACGAGAAAUACUACCUCCCGCUGCAGAAGUCCUUGAAUCCCAGUCUUCAGGCGUUCAUUACAGGAUUGCUUCCAGGGCUAGAGGAGGGAUCAGAGAUCUAUGACAGGACGGACAUCUUGCUGCAGAAGCUAAUCCUGGUGGUGGGGCAGGAGGUCUUCUAUGGAGCACUGUGGGGCAGUGUCAUUGUGAGCCCUUCCAUCCGUCUCCCUGCUUCUCUCUUCAUUGUCAGCCACAUAAAUAAAUCCACACCAAGAAAGGAGCAGAAGUAUAUGUUUGGUUCAGACCCCCGCCUGGCUGUGAAAGGGUUGUGUGCCUCUGUGCAGGAUUCAAAUGUUCUUGUGCAACGGAAUACAUUAGAAAUUUUAUUUUACUUUUUUCCACUUAGCACAUGCCUGGAUCCAACAAAAUCUGUUAUCCCGAUGACCAGGGCAGAGAUGGUGUACGUUCUCUCCACGUCUCUUCACACCAUACUGAGACGAGACAUGUCAUUGAACAGACGACUAUAUGCAUGGCUAUUGGGUACAGGUUUCAAAGGAGGCAUGAUUACUGCAGACACAGACUUUUCAGAAGAUCAAACUAAGACUUAUUUUGAUGAAUAUUCCAGGGAUUUGCUGGUUCGAGCAUUGAUGAAAUCUUUGCAACAGGUGGAUGCUGAGGUUGAUCAGGAUCAUGGACCUCAAGCACAUCUGAAGCCCUUCCGGAUUCUAAUAAGUCUGCUUGAUAAGCCUGAUUUGGGCCCACAGGUCAUUGGGGACUUGCUGCUGGAAGUGAUCAGAGCUUUUUACUCCAUCUGCAAACAGCUGCUGGACUUGGAUGUCCAGUCAAGUCAGAACGAAAGUCUGAUCUUAAGCAAAAUAAAAGAAAAUAAGAAUGCUUCGGAAGUAAUAAAGACAAUGAACGUACUGAUCAGCUCGCUGAGCACAGACUACCUGUGGGAUUAUGUCACUAGACUUUUCGAGGACUGCAUCAGGAACAGAUCUCAGGUGGCGAGCCAGAUGGUAGAGGAAGAUCCAAGUCCCCCUCCCACUGUUGAAGAACUCUGUACUUUGUUGGUGUUCCUGUUAGAAGUCAUUCCACUGGAGCUGUACACUGAGAUUCAGACUCAGUAUCUCCCUCAAAUGCUGUGUCACAUUGUUCAUUGUUUGAUGGAACGUGUGGAAAGUCUAAGUCUGCAGGAGUUGACGGAGAGCCUGAAGAUGUGCUGUGCAACACUCUCCAAAAUUCAGCUGCCUGCCGCAUUUAUGGACACAGAGACAGGAAGUACCGAAGAAGUUGAGGCAGAUAGUGGAAAGCCACCUGAGAGUCCUUCGCGGGAGGAAGCUGGUGAAAUGCUGUCUGACAGUGACAACAGUCCAGAAGAAGUUGCGGAUGCAACUUUCCCUCCACUGCGGUCAGAGGACAGUGGAAUUGGAUUGAGCGUUUUGUCAACGGAGCGGUCCCAGGAUGCCAGCCAGCCGAAGGUGUCUCCCGAAAAUGCCAAUGUGUGGAGGAGCAGUGGGAGCAUUCAAACGACCCUGCGGAAUGUACAGUGGCUCCUUGCCGACUUCACCUUAAAGUACAUCUUUGGGACGAACUGUCAGGCCCAGGGUGAGGACGAGAAAGCGGUCACCAAGGAGGAGAGGAAGAUGUGGGACAAGAGACAGAUCACCGUGCCGCAAUUUAAACAAAUGCUGUCCGAUUUCUUCUCCGUCCGCGGGCCGCCGCCAAAGCCCAAGAGGCGGCAGCAUGGUUUCUUCGUGCAGGGUGACGGCGGGAAAGGGGACGGGAGCUGGGACGUGGAUCGCAUGCUGCAGGAAGUGGAGGAGGUGACACAAGAGUGCAGGCUGGCGUUCGCCGCCAUCUGCCAGCUGCUGCUGGAUUGCAGCAGCUUUCCCAUCUACAUGUCCUUCAGAGAGAUCGAGACCUUUCAGUCAUCUGCCUUCCAAGAUGUUGGUGAUAGUGAUGCUUGUCUUCCUCUCUGGCUGAAGUCACUCAUGACUCUAUCUUGUUGUAUCAGCGAUUGUCAUGUGCAAAAUGUAGCAAUAUCUACUUUGCUGGAAAUCAUCAAUCACUCUCACUCAUUAGCACUUGUUAUUGAAGACAAAGUCAAGCGUUACAAAAGUUCUGAAUAUAAAGCAUUCAUUGAGAAGUUGCAGAUGAUAACUGCACCGCCCAUUACACCAGCAACUCUGAAGCUUAUUGCUGAGAGCACCAAUUUUUAUCAGCGGGCUGCUCACGUGCUGUGGAACCAGCUGGAUAAGGAGAGCAGAGAGCACCACAGUACCUGCGUUGAACUCUUCUACAAGUUACACUGCCUUGCCCCAUCCGCCAACCUUUGUGAGGACAUUAUUUGCCAGGCCUUGCUUCACAAAAAUAAAGGAAUUCGAUUGGAAACACUCUUCAGGUUUUCGGUAUUGUGGCAUUUUACCCGGGACAUUCAAGGGAACAGAACAUCUUUCUGCACUCGUUCCUUUGACAGGUGCCUGUUUGUGGUGUUGGACAGUCUCAACUGUUCAGAUGGAGCGAUUGGAGCAGCUGCACAAGGUUGGCUCGUCCGAGCACUGAGCUUGAACGAUGUCUCUCGAAUCCUAGAACCAAUCUUCCUUCUGCUUCUCCACCCAAAGACCCAGCGCAACUCCAUCCAGUGCCUGAAAAAGAAAGUUAUGGGAGAAGAUCUCCGCUUGUUGUACAACAGGGUGUCUGCUUAUCCAAAAGCAUUCAGCACACAACUAGAAGUGGUGGAAACUAGCUCUGAGGAGAGCUUUAAAUUUGCCCACAUUUCAUCGGUGGACAGGGACGCCCUUUGGGCUGAAGUGGAAGGAGAACCUGAAAGACCAGCCCAUAAGCAAAGUCUGAGAAAAACCACCAAUCACGCUGUCCACGAGCUACCUCAAAGCAUCCAUCUGGAAGAAAGCAAGGACAGCAGCGAGCACACGGAAUCUAUUGACACCAGCUCGGGAGCGCUCUCUUCAGGAGUUACCUCUUCUGCUUCGCCACCAUCUCCAGAACACCAAGAUACCAUGAGCGCCACUGAUGACGAAGGACUUCCACUUCAUGACAGAGUUGCCAUGGAUAAGAUGGUGCACAGUGACCCACAACUAAAAAACCGAUUGAUGCUGGUCCACACUGACUCGGAGAGAACUCAAAUGUCACAGUCACUGUCCAGUGAUGAGGAAGAAAUAGAUCUGGAAAUGCAACUGAUCACUCGAGAAAAGCUUUUGAAACGUCAGAGGGAGAAGCACGCCUUGGUGGAAGCUUUGUUUAAGCACAUCUUGUUGUACAUCCAGCCGUAUGAUUCCAAACGGGUGUUGUACGCUUUUUCUGUUCUGGAAGCUGUGUUAAAAACUACUCCCAAGGAGUUCAUCGAGGCACUCUCUUCCACAUUACUGGAUAUGAAUUCCACCAGCCAGCUGAAUCUUAUUCAUAAUCUCCUGGCCCGCCAUCAGGAAUCUCUCAUGGGCCUGAGCUUUUAUGGGAAGCUUCCAACUCCAGCUUUGCCUGCGAACCAUCGCCAAUCCUCGCUGAUGGAGUUGCUGACUUACCUUUGUCUGAAUUUCUUAAGAUCCUAUUAUCCCUGCCAGAUGAGACUGAGCCACAAGGAUUUGUUGGGAAACCGGGAUGUCCAAGUGAACAGCGUGCAAGUCCUGAUUCGGAUUGUGACGCAGCUGAUCGCUAAUGCCAAAUCCCCUGACGGUAAAAGCCUUGACGUCAUCCGCAGCUGGUUAACCAAGUGCAAGGUUCAGGAGUAUGUGUUGCUCUCGCUCUCUGCCUCCAUGUACCUCAGCGAGAAGAGCUACACACUCAGCUUUGUGGAAUCCAGCGACGAACUCAUUGAGGAAGGCCUGUCAGAGGAAAAUCUUGUCAACUUUGGCCAGGACCAGAUCUGGAGCGAGCACCCUCUUCAGAUUGAGCUCCUCAAGUUGCUUCAAGUGCUCAUUGUGCUGGAGCACCACCUCGGUCAGACGGCAGAUGAUCACGAGGGCUCCUCUGACCUCUCGAAGGAGUGGCACAAGGUCAUGAGUUUCCAGACGUCCAUUACUGCUAUGGGCUAUGUGCAGUCCCAGCCAAUCACUGCCCAGGGGAUGUUUGUGUCCGCUGUUGUCAGGGCCUUACAGCCACAGUACGGUUAUAGCAUUCACCCACCAUGGGUGAGCCUGGUCACACUCUCCCUACCUUACCUUGGCAAAUCCUUGGGAUUGAUCGUUGCACCAUUUGUUGCCCAGGUCUGCAGAAACCUGGAUGACCUUGUUCGACAGUACAAAACGGAAGAUAAAAAGAGCACAGCAAGCACAUCUUCAAAAAAAGAGAAUAUUCCACCAGACUACCCACUCACCCUUUUGGAAGGACUCACUACCAUUUCUCACUACUGCCUUUUGGAUACCUCUGCACAGGCAAGAAAGUCUGCCACUUUGGGUGAUUCUACAAGCCUGAAGAAUGCCAAGAAUGCCAUCCUGGAAGAACUGCCUUUAAUCAUCGACUCUAUGUCUCUCCUCUGGGGUGUAGUCCAACGAGAAGAAUCCCAGAGGAAGCCCAUGAAUUCACUCGAUACCACAAAGGGCUCGUCUUCUGUUUACUUUAAGUCGACAAAGACACUUAGGCAGAAGAUUCUAGAACUCCUGAACCCAUUUGCUGCACAGAUGGGCGUUCACCUGAUGGCAGCUGUAGCAAUAGUGUGGAACAAGAGGAAAAGCAGCAAGAAGGUGAACCAAAACAAGGUUUUGCCAGUGGCCAGUGAAGCUCAGCUAACACUGGUAGGGUUAGUCCAAGCACUGGACACACUCAACACUGACAGCAUAUUACAGCUGAUAAGGGAAGUUGUCAAAAAGCCACCCCAAACCAAGGGGGAAGAGAAACCAACUUUAGUUGAUAUCCCAAUGCUGCAGUUCAGCUUUGCAUUACUUCAAAGGCAUUCCUUAGCUGAUCUGCAGGAUGUUCUCCCGUCAUUGUUGUAUCUCUUAAGAGAAUCUGUGCAGUUGAAUUUGGCUCCUCCAGGACACUUCCUGUUACUUGGAAUACUAAAUGACUUCAUGUCAAGAAAUCCUAAUUUGGAAAACAAGAAGGAUCAGAGAGAUCUUCAGGAAGUGGCCCAAAAAAUAAUUGAAGCCGUGGGGAAUGUUGUUGGCUCAUCCCUGGAACAGACCAGUUGGCUGAGCAGAAACCUGGAAGUUAAAGCAGGACCUCAAGUUUAUUUGGAGGACGCUAAUUGUGACACUGUUGAAGAUGGUUCAUUCUCCCCACCCUCUGCUGUGGUGUCGACAACAGUUGCUUCUGUGUACAGUGUGCAAGCUCUGACUUUGCUGGCUGAGCUGCUGGCUCAUCUCCUAGACAUUAUCUAUCGAAGUGAUGAGAAGGAGAAAGCAGUGCCCCUUAUCUCUCGACUGCUGUACUAUGUCUUCCCAUACAUGAGAAACCACAGUGUGCACAACGUUCCAAGUUUUCGGGCUGGUGCUCAGUUGCUGAGCAGUUUAAGUGGCUAUGCAUACACUAAAAGGGCGUGGAAAAAGGAAGCCUUUGAUCUCUUCAUGGACCCACUCUUCUUUCAGAUGGACUCGUCUUGUAUUAAUCACUGGAAGUCUAUCAUUGAUCAUCUAUUGACUCACGAGAAAACAAUGUUCAAAGAUUUGAUGAGUAUGCAGAGCAGUUCGUUAAAGCUCUUUGCUAAUUAUGAGCAAAAAGCCAUGCUGGUGAAGCGUCAAGCUUUUGCAAUCUUCAGUGGUGAAGUUGACCAGUAUCAUCUGUACCUCCCGCUCAUACAAGAGCGCUUGACAGAAACUCUUCGUGUGGGUAUGUCAUCAGUUGUAACUGCUCAGAUGUUUUUGACCUUCAGAGUGUUGCUGACAAGAAUAUCUCCUCAGCAUCUGACUUCACUGUGGCCCAUAAUGGUGACUGAGCUGGUUCAGGUCUUCAUCCAAUUGGAAGAGGAUUUACUUGAAAUUGUUUCAAAUAAAGUAGGUCAGAAGUCUCCAGCUAAUCAUGGAAAUGGAUCCUAUUUGCUAGAUUUGGAGCAGAAGGAACUCGACAUGUAUUUAUCUGCUUGUAAAUUUUUGGAUACCGCACUCUGUUUCCCUCAAGAAGCAAUGCCUUUAUUCCAAAUGUACAGAUGGGCUUUUGUUCCUGAGGUGGAUGCUGAAGAUUGUAGUCCACACAUGGACAUUGUGGAGACAUUCCAGGCAUAUAAACCUUAUGCUGUGCGGAUCCUGGAUAUUCUGAACCAAAACUUUGGGGAGAUGAACUGUGAAGAAGAAAUUACAUCCAGCAAUGUAUAUGAAUUUCCCCUCCUGACUCAGCGAUCUGUUUCGAGCAUUUGUAUGCUUACCCACUUUUUCAGAGUAAUGUGUAGUGUGUUUAAAACCCAACCAAAUGGAACUCUUGGAGGAUCAAAUGCACAUAAUCUUCAAAACCUAACUUCUCCAACAGAACUUGCCACUGAUGCUGAUGUUUUACGAAGAAUAGAAGAAAAUAUAGCAUUUGAUUUUUUGGAGAUGACAACGGAACAUUGAAUUGAAUGUAAUGACAUUAAAAUCAUAGUUACUGGAAGAAGGUGUUACUGAAGGCACAUACCAAAAAUUUGCCCUUCUAGUAUCAUUAUAGACUUGUUAAGUGCAGGGUCCUAAAGUAAUGUAACUUGAAAAUAAGGAACUCCAUUAUUCUUUCUGUUUGCUUUAUAAAUUUUCAGUGGUUUGACUGUGGUGCAGGGCAGAAAUUAAUUCUAUUUUCUGGGGGCCAAUCCAAGGUAUGUUUAAUUUCCUGCAGUUUAAAUCCAAAUUGGACAAGUUUAAUAGCUAUGCUGAAGAAGAGUAUGGGUGAAACUCUGGUGGAGAGUGAUUGUCUCUAUUCCAGACUAGCAGUGGCCUUGCAAUAAACCACCUUCGUCGUAGCCCUUUUGUUAAGGGCGUCUCAUCCUCAAAAUUGCCUGAAAUAGGAAUCAUUGGUACUAGUGUAUCCAAUAACAUAAACUAACAUAACUAUUUAAGAUAUUGACCACUGUGAAUGUGUGUAAAUAUAAACAAUUCUGUACAUACACUUGUUUUCCGACAGUGAAUUCCCUUUGUAUCUAAAUUGCAUUAAAACUGGACAGUUUUUGUACCCUCCACCUCCCUCCUGCUUCCUUCCUGAUAAGUGUGCGGAACUAAGAAAUAACUCUAAGAUAGGCAAGAUAUCCUAAUGAGAAUGCAGGCUUAAGGGUUUGAAAAAAGGAAAGCUUUUAUUGCUUUAACUGGAUUGAUCUUUGUUUAGUCUUAUUUUCACACUGUUGCAUAUUUAAUACUGUGAAUGUGCGUGCCAAGAAUAAAUGCCUGUCCAAUGGAA